AGACUUGGAUUCUUUGACCUCCCGUGACAAUGACAGCCCCAUGCUGUCCAUCUGGAUCGCACGGUCCUCUCCCUCCGGAUGAUCAGGACUUGAAAGGUUGGUGGGAGAAGAAGGCUGAUGUGGAUUGUUAUUUUUCUGGAAAGAAAGAAGAUCCAAAGAUGAUCAUCCUGGGCUUUGCAGACGUGUUUGGUGCAAUGUCCGGCAGACAUCGCAGGGUUUGUGACGAAUUGGCAGAAGCAAUUCCUGGAAGCUUGGUUUGUCUACCUGACCUAUUUCAUGGAGAUCCCGUUUGCCAGGAUUUUGCUGGGUAUCAAUGGCCCAAAUUGUGGCUGCAGCUGUCCAUUUUUCGAAUCGUGUAUCGGAUUCGAUAUUACCAUAACUGGGAGAAGUUGGGCCCAAAAAUCCAAGCUUUGGCGAAUACCUUUGGAGAACGCUCAGCUCUCUUUUGUUUUGGCUUCUGCUUCGGUGGAUAUUUGGCCGUUAAAGCGAGCUCGACUGGGCUUUUCCGUGGAGUGGUCGGAUUCCAUCCGUCUCUGAUUGUUGGUCGGCUGCAAUGUUCGCCACACUCCCAAGGAGGUGCUGAUUUGGCGAACGCUGCACGUUGCCCUCACCUGAUGCUUCCAGCGUCAAAUGAUGAUGCAGCCGUAAAGCCGGGCGGCGAGUUCAUGAAUCUGGUCACAGCGACCUAUCCCUCUAGCAGGUCUGUUUGCUAUGAGAAUAUGGUGCAUGGCUGGAUGACGCGUGCCGUGGAUGAUCCAGUGAUUCCGCAGCCUGCUGGUGUGGAGACUGUGCGGGAGUCGCAUGCAUCUGCCGUGAAACUUGCAGCUGAUUUUUUUGUUGACUUAGCAAAGUCCCAGGAAUAGUUGUCAGAGAUCACUGACUUAGAAGCUGCGGUAAAAGAA